AUGACAACCCACGGCCCCAUUAAUGGCGUGAAGAUAUCUGCCGUCGAUGAUCCUCGCAAAGUUGUCAAAGUUGUCGCCUCCGAUGGCAAGACCGGUGACCAGAAAGAUCUGAUUUACACCAACUGCAAAGUCAUCGGUAAUGGUUCUUUCGGGAUCGUUUUCCAAGCCAAACUGCUUGACGAGUCGGAGGGAUCUUCUGAGAUCGCCAUCAAGAAGGUGCUGCAGGACAAGAGAUUCAAGAACCGUGAACUGCAAAUCAUGCGCCUAGUGUCACAUCCGAAUGUUGUUGAUCUUAAGGCAUUUUUCUACUCAAACGGUGACAAGUCUCAAAAGAAAGACGAAGUGUAUCUCAACCUUGUGCUCGAAUAUGUUCCAGAGACCGUGUAUCGCGCAAGUCGCCACUACGCGAAGCUCAAGCAGCCCAUGCCCAUGCUGCAAAUAAAGCUGUAUAUGUACCAGCUUCUGCGCUCCUUGAUGUACAUUCAUUCCAUUGGCAUCUGCCACCGAGACAUCAAACCUCAGAAUCUACUCCUUAAUCCAGCCACCGGCGUUCUCAAGCUCUGUGAUUUCGGCUCGGCAAAGAUCCUGGUCGCGGGCGAGCCGAAUGUCAGUUACAUCUGCUCCCGGUACUACAGAGCACCGGAGCUUAUCUUCGGGGCCACGAACUACACGACGAAUAUUGAUAUCUGGUCGACGGGUUGUGUGAUGGCAGAACUGAUGCUGGGGCAACCGCUCUUCCCGGGGGAGAGUGGUAUCGACCAACUCGUGGAAAUCAUCAAGGUCUUGGGCACACCCUCACGAGACCAGAUCAAGACCAUGAACCCUAACUACAUGGAGCACAAGUUUCCUCAAAUCAAGCCCCACCCCUUUUCCAAGGUAUUCCGUCCUCGAACGGCACCGGAGGCAAUCGAUCUCGUUUCCAAGCUGUUGGAAUACACGCCAGAAGUACGGCUGAGCGCUGUUCAGGCCAUGUGCCAUCCAUUCUUCGAUGAGCUGAGAGUAGAGGGUGCGAGAAUGCCUAAUGGCAAGGACUUCCCACCUCUCUUUGACUUCACUAGGGAGGAACUCUCGGUGCGCCCUGAUCUGAUCCGACAGCUGGUGCCCCCUCACUGUGAGAAGGAGCUGGCCUCACGCGGCAUCCAUUUGGAUAGCUUCGUGCCGAUACCACUGGAGCAGAUGAGGAUAACUUUGGAUUGA